AUGGCCAAGAGAAGAGUCAAGAAAAGAACGCACCAGGGGCCCAACCCAGAGGAGGUGGCCAAAAUCCCAAAGUCGAUGGUGCUCGCCCUUGGGGCGUCGCUCAAGAACCGCUCAUUGGCUCAGCUAGUGAAGGAUUUCAGGCUCGUCAUGGAGCCCCACACAGCCAUCAAGUUGCGCGAGAGAAAGGCAAACAAGUUGAAGGAUUUCGUGGUCAUGUCCGGCCCAUUAUCGGUGUCAGACCUCUUUGUGUUCAAGCAGUCGCAGACGUCCGGAAACGUCUCGCUUAGAGUCGCCAAGAUGCCCAAGGGCCCCAGCUUGCAGUUCAAAGUGAACUCUUACUCUUUAAUGAAAGACGUGCGCCGCAUUUUAAAGCAUCCCAAAUCCGCCGGCAGGGCGUCUGCGGCGUUCAAGCAGCCACCUUUGCUCGUGAUGAACGGGUUCUCGCGUAAAGUGCGCGAGAUGGAGAACCACGAGAAAUUGAUGAUCACGAUUUUCCAGAACCUCUUCCCGCCAAUCCAGCCGCAGAAGACCAGGGUCGGCAGUAUCCAGCGUGUAUUAUUGAUCAACAAGAUGGAAAAUGGCGAGAUCGAAAUGAGGCACUAUGCCAUCAGCACCAAGUUGGUCGAGGAGUCCCGUAACAUCAAAAAGUUGAUCAACUCUCAUCACAACAAAACAAAGAGUCUCCCUAACUUGACCAAACAUACUGACAUUUCCGACUUGGUACUAGACCCGUAUGCCGUGGGUGGCCUAACGUCGGAUUCCGAGGUCGAGGACGAUGCUGUGGUCGAGAUCCAAAACACGCAGGAACACAGUUUAAAGAAAAAAGCGGUGGAAGAGCCGCCAGCAUCGGCCACAAGAAAAAGAGCCAUCAAGUUGCAAGAAUUGGGUCCGCGGAUCAACAUGAGCUUGGUGAAGAUCGAGGAAGCCAUUUUGGGCUCAUCGAAAACCAUCUACCACGCAAACAUCCAUAAGCUGAAGGAAGAGGAAAAGGCGCUUGAAAAGAAACAUCAAAUCAAGUUCAAGGAGAAGGCCGAGAGACGUGCGGUGCAGAAAGCUAAUGUCGACGCCAAACAAGCCAAAAAGGACGCGAAGAAAGCUCGCAAAUUGGCCCGGAAGAAUGGUGAGUCUGCGACACAGGAUUCGGGCGACGAGGACAAUUCUGGUGACAGUGACAAUGAGCCGCAAAUCAACCCAAGCGACUACGACAACGACAGUGAUUUGUUCAGUGACGUGGAGUAA